UAAAACUCGAAAGAGAAGAGGGGAAAGACGGAAAUGGCUAACUUUAGCAUUCCAACUAACCGAAUUACUUUCUUCAACACGUUUUGGAGCCGCAGGGUUUCCGCAAUUGUUGUUCAUGUGUGGCGUUGGGAAAGGUUAGUGGUGUAAAGGCAACAGAGAGGCGGAGCUGCGUUCAAGCGGAGACGCAAGCGCGGGAGUUUUCAACCUUUAACCUCCACUGUGGGAUCCCUAUAUGGAGAGCACGCAGUUCUUCGACCCAAACCUUCUAAGGCAAGACUAAGGCAAGGGCGAAUCGACGCUAUAGCUCCGGGAUCCAUAAUCAUAUAAUCGCCGUGCCUAUGAAAAUGGCUGCUGUUGUUGGAUACUGCAGCAUACCGUUGAUAAAGAUACAAGAACAAAACCUUUAUAAAUAAUUCUUAAAUUAAUGAUAUUUUCAAAAUAUGUUUUUGUAAAAUACCAACCAUUGGAGUGCCUUCAGGUACCCCCGCAGGGCAUGUACCCCUGUUUGAAAACCACCGGAAAUGAAUGACCAAUUUGUAACUUUACUUGUGAAAAAUCAGCAACAUUUCUGAAAAUGGUGUGUGUACUCUUUCCGUCUACGCACAAACACGCGCACACACAGUGGAGCUGCAGCUUUAAGACAAUCCGGGCAUCUCUGCAUGUCUGAGCAUGACAUCAUCGAUUCUGUCAAUGGUGUAAAGUGAGAGAGGGAGAAACGGGUGAGGGCGUGUGUCUCCCACACAGAGAGAGAGAGAACAUUAGUGCCGUCAGGCUUUAAUUUGACUAUUUUAAUCGAAUACCAGCUAAUUCGGCGUCAGAAAAGAACGCGUGGCGCAUUAUUCUGUCUUAUUUUGGGAGGAGAAGAGGAGGUGAAGGAAGAGACUCCUUUUCCCAUUAUUUUUCCUCUCUUUUGUUAUUUUCUCCUUCUGUGGAGUGUUUUUCUGGGUGACACGUGACCGGGAUCAUGAACCGUCCGGAGCCGCGGCCGAGCUUCGCUGUCCAGGGUCCUGAGUGAGACACAGCCCGCUGGAGCAAGGAGCCUUAGACGACCCGGUGAGGAGUGAGCUGAAGAACCAAAAAGCCAUGGAGUUGAGGGUAGGAAACAAGUAUCGUCUUGGGCGGAAGAUUGGUAGUGGAUCCUUUGGAGAUAUUUAUCUGGGCUCUAACAUUGCCACAGGAGAGGAAGUGGCCAUCAAACUCGAAUGUGUGAAAACCAAACACCCACAGCUCCACAUCGAGAGCAAGUUCUACAAGAUGAUGCAGGGUGGAGUGGGCAUUCCAUCUAUAAAGUGGUGUGGAGCUGAAGGAGACUACAACGUGAUGGUGAUGGAGCUGCUAGGCCCCAGUCUGGAGGAUCUGUUCAACUUCUGCUCCAGAAAGUUCAGUCUGAAGACGGUGCUGCUGCUGGCUGACCAGAUGAUCAGCAGGAUCGAGUACAUCCACUCCAAGAACUUUAUCCACAGAGAUGUGAAGCCCGAUAAUUUCCUGAUGGGACUUGGCAAAAAGGGCAACUUGGUCUACAUUAUCGACUUUGGUCUGGCCAAGAAAUACCGUGACGCCCGAACACACCAGCACAUCCCUUACCGUGAGAAUAAGAACCUCACUGGAACGGCCCGAUAUGCCUCCAUCAACACUCAUCUGGGAAUUGAGCAGUCGAGGAGAGAUGAUUUGGAGUCUUUAGGCUAUGUUCUCAUGUACUUCAACCUGGGUUCUCUGCCCUGGCAGGGCCUGAAGGCUGCCACCAAGAGGCAGAAAUAUGAGCGCAUCAGUGAGAAGAAAAUGUCCACACCCAUCGAGGUGCUCUGCAAAGGUUACCCCUCUGAGUUCUCCACUUACCUGAAUUUGUGUCGCUCGCUGCGAUUUGACGACAAGCCUGACUACUCCUUCCUGAGGCAGCUCUUCAGAAACCUUUUCCACAGACAGGGCUUUUCCUACGACUACGUCUUUGACUGGAACAUGCUAAAGUUUGGAGCCAGCAGAACAACAGAGGAUUGCGACAGAGAGAGAAGGGAAGGCAAAGACGGCGAGGAACGAGGAGGUGGAGGCCAGAGAGGUGCUGGAGGUCGAGGUCUGCCGCCUGGACCAAACCCUUCAGCAGCCAACAGGGUCAGAAAUGAAGCUGAUGCUGCUGCUCCUUCAAACCCAGCCACACGAGGGGGGCAGCAGGCAGCAAACCGUUCACCUCAGGCUGGAAGGGCGGAGCGCGCAGAGAGAGAAAGGAAGGUGGCCAUGAGGCUUCAUCGUGGAGCCCCAGCCAAUGUCUCCUCCUCCGAGCUCAAUGCACGCCUGGACCAAUCUCGUAUCACAGCAUCACAGGUCAGCGUACCGUUUGAACAUCUGGCAAAGUGAGGUCGUCCUGGCUGAAGUGCAAGUCAGCAGCAGCAGCUGCAGAGUGUCAAUACCCCGACACUUCAAAUGGAUGAAUCCAACAUGAAUGAGUGAAGGCACAGGAUGUAAAGGACUGUUGAGGUCUUAAAGGUCAGGGACAGGGACAUCCAUGUUGCUGUCAGUACUGUGUGAGUGGCUCAACGUAGAAAUAUAAAACAUUAAGAUGAGGACAAAACACUCAGAGGAACAGAUGUUUGGCCCGAUGCUGCUUUUUCAGGUGCAGAGCCAGAGUGGUUGACCUGGUCAUCAACUCAGCUAAAAAAAAACAAAUGUGCACAAAAUUGAUUGAAUUUCAGUAACUCUGUGGUUUACACUGGUGUUUAAAUUAAAAAAAAUAUAACAAUCAUCAACCUGCUAAUGUUUGACAGCUACAUCUGCUGCUAGUAGUGAUCAUGAACAAAGAUAUAUAUAUAUACAAGUAUGAUGAUGAGGAUGACAAUAUUUAGGCUUAUAGAUGAGAUAACAUAAUUUGCUUGGACAUGGAGCCAGAAAAGGCGAGACUGAGAGAGACUGCAUUUGUGAAACCAGGCUGCUUUCUGUCAGUAAAUGUCAGUGUUUGUCUGUCUAUCUGUGUGCGUGUUAUUGUCUUAGAUAUUUGUUUUGCCCUUAGCUUUGCUAUAGGGAGAAAGAGGAUGAGAGGAAUAGGAUGUAAGUCUUAAAGAGAGACAGAAAUUCUCCUAACCUAACUAAAAAUACAUAAAACAUUAAAAAUAUUAUGGUCAUUGUCGUUUUGAAUGGACACCAUAAGCUCUCUGUCUCUUUAUGAUGAUAAAAUAACUGCAGGUAAAUUUAAACAAAAAUAGUUCAAAAGGAGCUAAAACGUGAUUUGAUGUAAGGCAAACCAUAAAAUAAAAAUAAAAUAACCUAAAAUUAUACCAUAAUUUCUGUACAACUAUCUAAAAGAUGGUUUAAAGAUAGCCGAAGAAUACAUAAAAGCUUACCAUUGAGAUAACCAUUAAGAAAAAAAAACAAACCGAUUUGCAGUCUCUCUACUGCCACUCAGUGUAGCAGUGGAACCGACUCUGGCUGUAAAUAUUUUCUAGCAGUAAUACAACUGGCUGCUAGCUGCCAUUAAAAAAAGCAAAACUGACUUGAAGCAUCAUUUCUUAGAGACUAACUUUUCUUAGUUAUAUCUCCAAAUUACCUUUUCUUGGGUCCAUUAAAUUAAUUUAAAGUUUACUUGAGGGUACAAUGUGGAUGUGAAUGUGAAUAAUUAUGGUUAAUGUAUUGGGGGGGGAAAUGAAAUAGGAUCGUGUGUAGCUGGAGGUGUUGUUGGUUCUUGUUAAAACAGUUAUCUGCUAAAUUUCAAGAUUAGAUUUAUAUAAAUGUAAAAAAUGACCAGCACACUUGAUUUAAGGUUUAUAGUACCACCUGCAGCGGUCGAGAACUAUGUGAUUUGUAUUUUUUUUACAGCAACCAAAAAUUCUGGCAUACUUAACCUUUAACAUCUAUUAGGAAAAUAGAAGAAAAAGGAGGUAAAGAAAUAGACAUGUGGCUUGUACGAUACAGGAAAGUUCCUAACUCCAAGGAUCAGACGAUUGGAGAACGUUCUCAGUGUUGGUGUUAUAUUUGUUCUUCAGGUUUGCAGUUUUUUUUUGGUUAAAACAUGUACAAAUAUGUAGAUAUUUCUGCCAGAAUAUGACAGAUUGUUUAAAGAUAUGGUUGCUGCUGCUACUGCUGCUGCUGAAUAGAAGACUACUCUUUACCUCCUGAGAGCUCUGGGGACGAAGAGUGGAAACAAACAACCUUGAGAGUCUGCCGUGAGUGUUAGUAACGACUGCAGCUGCAGUGGCAGGCAAUGACUUAGAGGUAUGUGUUAAUAUUUUUGGACAGUUUUGAACCAGAGUUCCCAGGAUGGAUGGAUAUCAUCAAUGGUAAAGAGCUGACAAAUGUCCUGUACAUUUCUUUAUCAUGCUUUGACUUUAUAACUAUGAUAUUUGUGUAUAUUUUAUGAAUCAAUAAAAAGAUAUACAAUGCCGA